AUGUUUCUCAAAGACUUGGGAUGUGGCACUAACACUUGUCAGAAUCUUCCAUUUGAUGUCACUCCAGUCUACAGUGUCUUUGACUUCAAGGGUCGCAUUAAAUUCGAAACUGAUCUAAAUGCACCUGAAGUUCAAGCAAAUCUAGGAAAAGUUGGGUACUUGGUAAAUGAAGAUAUUGAAGGAUUGAUCAGAUAUGAUGAAUAUUACUCCGAAGAAGAUGACUUGUUUGCAUACACCAAUGGCGACUAUCCAAAUCAAUUCUAUGCGUGUCAACUGAGAGAGCAUGGAAACAUGCGGUACAAGUUUGUGAGGACUCUUGGAUACGCAUUCACAGCUAUUACAGUUCCAGAAAAUGAUCCAAUUUACACAAUUAUUGUUUACGAUGAUGGACUCCCUGAGCCAAGCACAACCACAUUAUCCCCAUCUCAGCACGUCUUCCAAACUAAUCCAAUCUGGACAAUUCUCAAAAAUUCAAAAAAUGGAACUCAAGGAGUUGGAGCUGUUAAUCUUCCAUGGACUCCACCAGUCAGUGCAUCUCCAAUUGAACCAACCAAUGUUUGUCUUUUGAAUGGUAAUUCUUCCGUUUUAUCGAGAUGCGGAGAAAUCGAUCGGAUGCUUCAAUUCUUUGAUGACACCCAUGUUUAUAUUGGAUUCAAGGAUUCAAUUCAAGAUGCUUCUAAUACUUACAUCUAUUCUUAUAUUGGAUACGCAUUCACUAGCUCGGAAAAUACUUGUGGAAUUCCACUAGAGCCAAUUCGUGAGCUCUAUAAAUAUGGAGUCGGGUUCACAAGUGUCGCUGGGGAGAAAUAUACGGAAUUAAUUUCCAACGGGUACUCCCUAACUAGAAAAGUCCUUGGCUACACAAUCGACUGUGCCAGUGCAACCAAUGGAGAACUGGUUGUAACUAUUCCAGAUGGUCUCUCUACUGCUACUCCAUUAUCUUCUCUUUCAACUGCUUCAACUCCCACAAAGACGGUCGGAUUCUACACGCGUCCUGUACAGAUUGUGAGUAACCCAUCAGGAGGGCUUCAAGGUUAUUGGAUUGAAUAUUUUGAUACAUCCUCUUUUCCACGAAAUCCUUUGUAUUCCACGAAUGUCUGUUUAUUCCUUGCCAACUCGUCCGUUAUUACAAGAUGUGGACAUGCAAGAAACUUGUAUCAAUAUCACGACACUGUUGACAAUUUUGUUUUUAUCAGUCUUUACACUUUCGGAAGAACUGUUGAAUCUCUUCCACUUGGAGUUGCUUUUGAGACCAGUGAAAAAACGUAUGUGGACUCAAUUUGGUGCCAAUCAGGGAGUUGUACAAAAGUGGUGUAGGGUACAACGUGGUUGCCGGUGAUGAUUAUCAAAAUCUUCUUGAUCAGGGCUAUAACAUUACUGGAAACAUAAUGGGAUACACAAUUGACUGUAAAGAUGCCAACGAUGAAUUUGUGUACGGUUACUUGCCGAACAGCGACGAAUUCGAAACUACUACUGUUGCUGGAAGAUAUGGAUUCAAAGUGGAUACCGUAAAGAUAGUUUUUCCAAAUACUGGUUCAGUCGAAUAUGAGGAUAACGGAUAUUGGGUCAACACUCCAAAAAGACCUCUUGUAACAUUCGUUAGAGACACAAAUGUCUGUGUGUUCCGCGAAGAUCUGGAAACUGUCGAAAAAUGUGGAGCUACAAAGCCAUUGUACCUUUACAUAAAUAAAAACAAUGGAGGGUAUUUCAUGGGAAUUCAAAGUUUUGGAAGAAAUUUAACAUCAACAGAACUCGUGGGUGUUGCAUUUGAAAGUACGGAGAACACCUGUGGGCUGAAAUUGUAUCCGAUGAGAGAGUUUUACGGGCGGCCUGGAUACGAUGUACAUGCCGGAGAAGACUAUGAAGAAAUUACGGCUGCUGGGUACAACCAGACUGGAAACAUCAUGGGAUACACGGUCGAUUGUAGAGAUGCGAUUGGUGGUACUGUAUAUGGACACUUGCCAAACACGAUUCCCGAAGAGCCAACAAAGCCGUCUCAGUCGACUUCUCCUUCCACUCCAUCUACUCCACCCAAUCGAAUUGGAUUCUAUGUAGAACGAGUUUUUCUUGUAGGACCAAAAAGUGGAAUAGCUGGGCAGCAAGGUUACACCUUGAAAAUAGUUUCAAACUUGGAUCCAGACACAGAAGUCCGAGGCGAAACUAAUGUAUGCGUUAUCACUGGAAAUUUCUUAGAGAUCGACACUUGUGCUGAUUUUACUCAAACUUUCAAUAGUUACUUUGAUGCGAACGACAAUUAUUAUUAUGUUGCCAGAGACACAGGAAGACCAGUUACUAAGGCUGGAAUAAUUGGAACAACAUUCUCUAGUCAGGAAAACUUAUGUGGUCUCAAUGUUGUACCCAUCAGAGAACUAUACAAAGAGGGAGUUGGAUAUAAUGCCGUAGCUGGUGAUGAUUAUCAAUCGCUACUUGAUGAAGGUUAUACGCUCAAUGGCCGUAUUAUGGGGUACACUGUUGAUUGCAAUGAUGCUGAAAACGAUUUCGUCUACGGAUUCCUUCCAACUACAACGACUAUUACAAAGUCUACAGUGUCAACGACUACUGCACCGUUGAAUAGAUUCCGAUUGUCACCAGUUUACAUUAUAUACCCGACUGAAUACUAUUUACAAAAUCAACAAGAAGGAAGUCACGUUGCAACACGUUUAGGUUUUAUUCAACAUGAUGGCGCUGGUGUAACAAAUGCAUGUGUUUUCUUGAGUGACCCAAGUAUUGUGGCACUCUGCGGAACAACAGCUCCACUAUAUUUAUACUUCGACAGAGUUAGAGUUGCUUAUUUUGUUGGAACACACAGUGCAGGCCGUAACGUUUCAAUUGAGAGGGCUGCAACAGUUUUUGAGUCGGCUGGCAACACAUGUGGGUUCACCCUGUUGCCACUGCGAGAAUUCUAUAAAGAUGGCACAGGAUAUAAUUUGCACGCCGGAGAUGACUACGAAUUACUAGUCAAUGGUGGAUUUGUCGCAACUGGGAACAUCAUGGGAUAUGCGCCGGAUUGUAGAGACAACGGGUUCCAUGAACCAGAUCUGAAAGAUUAUGUAUCACCAACAACAACCACCCGUACACCAGAACCCACUGACACCUCUGAACCAGGAAAAUGCAACAAGAAUUUGGUAACUCUUGGUACCACUAACAAGAACCGUACUUUUGAAAUGAAUGUUCAAUAUGGAGCGGUGACAACUCUUGAAAAUAAAAGAACAAUGACAGUGUACUGUCAGGGGACCCCAACCUAUAACAUCUAUAUGACAUGGGAUGGUAAUGCAGUCUCCGGCAGAAAUACUGUAUCUGGAUUGGUGGAACUGAAUCUUGAAUGCUCGCUGGUGGAUGGUAAAGACAAUUGGGUCACGGAAAACUCAAAUCAUAGAGUCACAUUUGUCAGAUGUGAUGAAGCUUAUAAUUAUUUACAACAAUAAAA